CUAGCCACAAAACCAGGUUCAACCCACCAUUUAUUUCUUAAAAUGUCCUGUACAAAGUCAGGAAAAUGGCCACUGUUAUAUUAUAGUUCGUUUAUGUGUGUGUUACAUUUUAAUGUUGUGUUUCUGUUGUGUCGUACAAGGUGUGUAUUAUCCACAUGAGACUGUUUUUGUUGGCACGAAUGAAACCGUUGAACUUAAUUGUUAUAAGUAUGAUCAAUCUGAAUGUGCCUGGCGUAUAUCGAAAAAGGCAGUACCAUCUUCAAUGGACAGCAAUGCGACAGAUAAAACAUAUAUACUAUACACUGAUGGACACUUGCUGAAUCCAAAACUGAAAAACACUAAUAUUGAUAUCAUUGGUGGAACCCACACUGGUAAAUGCAACCUCAAGAUAAGAAGUUUCUCAUCUGCGGAUGAAGGAAGCUACACAUGCAAAUUUUGGAGUCCUGGUACAGAUGCACAUUAUAAUGUUUACAAUGUGCAAUUAAAAAGUUUACCUUCCAACUUAACAAUACAUCAAGUAAUCAUGAAAAAGCGAAAACAAGUUGUUCGCGGAAUCGAAGGAAAAAAUCUAACGAUCGUGUGUAUUGUCAAAAGUGGCAGACCAGCAGCAACACUCGUUUUGAAAACAAAUGGAAUAUCUACUUGGAAAGAGAGAAGAGAUUGUGUAACAUAUUCCUUCAUUCCAACAAAAAAGGAAAACAUGCAAUCAAUUGUAUGUUCUGCCUACAGUACAUUCCUAGCUAAUCCACUGUCAUUUAAAGUACAGUUGGAUAUUCAGUAUUCACCAGUUGUUGAAAUAACACGCAGACUAACUGAGCACAAAUUAAUACUGAUCUGCAAUCCGAGCGGGAACCCUGCUAAUUAUACGUUUGGCAAUUGGGAGCACUGGUCUGAAUUCAGGGAACAUAUUCAAAAUCUUGAAGGGACGCCUGAUGGUACAUUGCCCCUACCGAAAUCCACCAAUACCAAGUCGUUAUCGGAAACUGAUGGUAUAUACAAAUGCAAAGCAGUAUUUACGGUACAGAUGGACACUUAUACCAGAUAGGAACUGCACUCGUACACAAUAAAGGUAACACAUGAACAGCCUUGUUCAUAUCGUUCAACAAAUUCAAAUGCUAAAUAGUUAUUUUGAAAUGUCCUGCACUUUAUAUUCAACUAAGCCUUUAGAAUGCAUCAGUGUAAGUGAUUCAGUCUGAAUAAACAGUAACAAGUUAUAUACAUGGAACGAA